AUGGAUGGAUGGAGUGAAGUAUUAAGAAUACCGUCGAGUGUAUUUGCUACUGAUAAUUACAAUAAUCCCACUACAAUUGUCAAUAUAACAUCACUACAGUUUGAUUCUGUACAAAAUUUCAUAUGGUGUGGUGAUUCAAGAGGUUAUACUAGAUCAUUUACUGGAUCAUUUGCAACAAAUUCUUUAUAUGGGAAUUUACAACUUUAUCCUUAUACGAAAUUCCAUACUAGUGAUGUAAAUUAUAAUAACCCAAUAAAACAAAUACUAUCUCAUCGAGAAGGAAUAUUAUCAUUACUGAAUAAUGCAAUAAGUUUUAAUAGUAGAAGAGGAUUAUCAAAACUACAAGUCACAUCUAAGACAUUUAAUAAUAAUGCUACUACUGAAAAUAAAUUUAAUAAUUUACAAGCAAUGACAUUCAAUUGUAAUUCAUUCAAUGAUGUUGUUGUUGGCACUGAUACAUCAAUGAUGAAAUUUGAUUUAAAUAAACCCAAUGUUUUAUCAUCAUUUGAUCAUCAAGGAGGGAUUUCAUUAUUAAAUAAUUUGGGUAAAUUUUUAACUAUAGCAAAUAGUAAUGGAUCAUUAGAUAUAUUUGAUCCUGUAUCCAAUUCGACAAUGAAAACUUUUAGUGCUCAUAAUGGAUUUAUUUCUAAUUUAGACGUUAGAGGCAAUUAUAUUGCUACUUGUGGUUAUUCAAUUAAACCUAAACGAUAUUAUCAUAAUCAACCUGCAGAAUAUAUAGUGGAUCCAUUGGUCAAUAUAUAUGAUACAAGAAUAAUGAGAGCUAUAGCUCCAGUACCAUUCCCUGCUGGUGCUGCAUCAGUGAAAUUCCACCCUAAAUUGCCAAAUAUUAUAAUUAUUGCAUCAACAUCGGGACAAAUGCAAUUUGUUGAUAUUUUUGAUCAAACAAAUGUUUAUUUAUAUCAAGCAGAUUUAGCAAUACCUACAACAACAACAACUACUAUCAAUAACAAGCCAAGGAUGUCGAAUCUUGAAAUAAGUGAAAAUGGUGAUUUCUUAGUGUUUAAUGAUAAUUGUGAUAAUAUGCAUUUAUGGUCGAUUAGUCCUUCGAGUAAAGAUUUUGUCAAUUUCCCUCAACCAGUAGAACAACCAGAUAUUAUUGAUUCUAAUUUUGAAAUCAUUGAUAUAGAUGCUAAUGUGCCUUUAUCAAUUGUUGGAAUGCCAUAUUAUAAGGAAUUAUUAUUAUCAAAUUAUCCGAAUGAUUUGAGAUUUGUUAAGGAAACAGCAAAAUUACCUGAACCGAUAGAUAUAGAAUUGAUUUUAGAAAAUGAAACUCGAAAUAAUGGUACCAAGAAAUUUUUCCCUUAUGAUAAAUUAAAAUAUGGUCCAGGAAAUGUUUAUAAACCUUAUCAAUCAUUAAAGGAUAAUAAGGAAAAUAAAGAAAUACUGAUUCCGAAAUUUAUUAGUGAAAGAUCAACAACCACAACCACAACCACCAAAGAAUUGAAAGCUGAUAAUGAUGGUAAAUUUAUUGAUGAUAGUAUUUUUCAAUAUAAAUUCCAGGGGAAAUUAAAUAAAGUACCAAAUUGUUAUUCAAGAUUACAAAUUCAAUAUUCGAAAUUUGGAAUUAAAGAUUUUGAUUUUAGUUAUUAUAAUAAAACUAAAGAAUGUUGUGGAUUGGAAAAUCAUACUGAUAAUUCAUAUAUUAAUUCUCUUUUACAAUUAUAUCGAUUUCAAUCGAGUAUAUAUAAUCAAGUUGUUGGUUCAUUAUCAAAAGAAUGGUUACCUAAUGAUAUCACCACUAUUAUCACUACCAACAACCCUGAAGGUUCAUCUAUUUUAAAUGAAUUGGGAUAUUUAUUUGAUAUGAUGUUUAAAGCACAAUCUAAUAAUGUUAAAAUUUAUAAUUUAAGUCAAGUUUUGAAUCAUCAUCCGAAUGCUCAAAAAUUACUCAAUAAUAAUGAAUUAUUAAAUUUAAAUUCUCAACAAGUUCGAGAUUUAGUUAUUGAAUUUAAUAAUUUUUUAUUAACUACUUUACAUCAAGAUUUUCAAACUCAAUUUCAAGAAAAUUUCAAUUUAACAGAAUUGAAAUAUGAAAUUGAAAUAAAAGGUAAUGGUACUUCAUGUCCAAUGUAUGAUAAACAUCAAGGAUCAAUGUUUUCUUUAGAAUUAAUUACUCCACCUAGUAAUAUGUUGAAUAAAAUGAGUAUUUUAAUUAAUAAUAAUAAUAAUAAUAAUAAUCCUCAAUAUCAACCAGAACCCAUUAGCAGUCUUGAUAAUAUUAGACGAAAUUUAAAUAUAUUAACAUAUUUGGAAUAUUCAAUGAAUCAAUAUAAAACCAUUCCAUGUCAACAACAUAAUCAUUCAUAUCCUCAUAAUUUAGAAAUUCAAACUAGUAUAGUUCAUUUACCUUCAGUAUUAACCAUUAAUGUCAAUUUAUCGAAUCCAGAAUUUAAAAUCAUUAAUAAUUUUACUCAAUGGUUAGUACCGGAAUUUUAUGCUGUGAAAUCAAAAUCAAUAUCAGGAAAAAAUGGAUAUUCAUUUAAAGAGAUUGAUCAUCCAACACCAAAUUCAGCUACUCAAGAAUCGGGGAAAUAUAAAUAUAAAUAUGAACUUUUAGGAUAUGUUUGUGAAAUAAAUCAUCAAUCUGAUAUAGUUAGUGGAGCUCAUAAUUUAGUGGCAUUUAUUAAAGUUAAUAAUAAUGGGGGUUGGUAUUUAUUUAAUGAUUUUUUGGUUAUGCCUAUACCGGAAGAAGAAGUAUUUGAUUUACAACCAUCAUGGAAAAAACCCAUUGUUAUAAUGUAUCAACAAACUAAUCAACCCCUGUUUAAUUAUUUAACCACCACCACCACCACCACCACCACCACCACCACGUUCAGUAAUGCUGGCAAAUAUGAUGAUCUGAUAUUAUAUCGAGAUCAUUUUGCUGAAGGGAUUAGGAAAGGUCAUCAAUUAGAGUAUGAAUUGUUAACUAGAAAAGAAUCACCUCAACCUGGUUCAUUAGUUGCUAUUGAUGCAGAAUUUGUCAUGUUAAAACCUGAAGAAUUGGAAAUUCAUUAUGAUGGAUAUAAAAAAUUAAUUAAACCCAAACAAUUAUCUUUGGCAAGAAUAUCAGUAUUAAGAGAAAAUGGGAUUCCAUUUAUUGAUGAUUAUAUUGUUCAUACAUCAGAUAUUUAUGAUUAUUUAACCAAUUUUAGUGGUAUUGAACCUAAUGAUUUGAAUUUAACAUUAAGUAAUCGAGAAAAUCUCGUUACUUUACAAACUGCAUAUAGAAAAUUGUGGUUACUAUUAAAUUUAGGAGUAAUAUUUGUUGGACAUGGAUUAUAUAAUGAUUUCCGAACGAUUAAUUUACAAGUUCCAGAACGACAAAUUCGUGAUACAGCGGUGAUUUAUUAUAAAUCUGAUUUUAAAAGACAAUUAAGUUUAAAAUUUUUAGCCUAUGUGAUGUUAAAAGAAAAAGUUCAAAGUGGGAAUCAUGAUUCAAUUGAAGAUGCAAAUACAGCAUUAUUAUUGUAUAAAAAAUAUCAAAAUUUAUAUAAUAAAGAAGAUUUUGAACUGAUAUUGAAUUAUAUAUAUUCUGAAGGUCAACAAUUGAGAUUUAAAGUUCCAGAAUAG